ACCAGAACAAUUGCGAAAGGGAGCCAACUCUAAUUUAUUAUUUUGUGUAGCAGAAAGAAAAAUUUCCUGGAACAGUUCAAAGUGCAAAUAAUAGACACUGUCAGUAAUAUUGCUGUGAAAAAUACAAAAUUUAGGUCUUUAACAUAUCUGAACAAUAUGUAUAUUCUCUGAUUCCUACAAAAAAUCUACAACAUGAGUUUUAAAAGAGAAGUACCAGCUCGACCACCACCACCAAAAGGCUUGGGUAAAAAGACAGAUUCUACACCUGCCAUGAAGUUCAGUUUUAAGUCGUUAGAAGAAGAUGAAGAUGAUGAGGAAGAUUUGACAAUUAUGACAGGAGAAUUGACAAAGAAAGUGGAAUCUGACAAACUAAAAAUAGAUAACAAACACCCAGACUCUCCAAAUAAAAUUUCUACAGAAAAGAAAAGUCAUGAAGAAAGUGACAAACCUUCUGAAGAUAAAAAAAAAUUUACCAAAAAAGAGGUAGGGGAGGCAAGAAAAGUUGUUGCUUCACAGAGGAGUUGGGAUAGCCCUACUCAUAUAAGCGCUAGCACUAAAGCUGAACCCAUCCCAAUAAGGUCCUCAAGUGCUGACAAACUUCAGAAAUAUUCAAAAUCUGUUGAAGAAGAGGGCUCUGCAAUGUCAUGGCUAAAACAGAAUGUAGCUGAAAUUUCUUCUGCUGUGAAAGAUAAAGCUGAGAGGGCAAGGAAAAAAAUUGAAGAAUUAUCUGAAAAUAUUGGUAAAGAUGAAGAUGAAAAGGUAAAAGUAAAAGAAAUGAAGACACUUAAUACUGACACAUGUAAAACAAAUGAAAGCAUGGUAGAGUCUCAACAUGUAGUGAAAAGAGAAACAGUUGAACAGCUAAAAUCAACUCCAGUUGAUAAAGUUCAAGAGGAACACACUGAUGUUGUGGAAGAAAAUUUGCCAUCUGAUGCUGAAAAUGAAGCAGAAGAAGUUGAAGAAUUCAAUAUUGUAGAUGACUUUUAUUCAAAUGAACCAGCUGAAGAUUUUACGGGGGUACCUUCAGUCACAAGCACUAAUACUUUUGAAAAGAAGAAGGCGAAAACGUCUUUGAAGCGUAGAUUAGUGAAAGGCAAAGUUCCAAAACUAACUUCCCCUGUAGCGAUGUCAAAAUUAUCCAAAGAUAAGGUAGAUGAGUUAGAGGAGGCAACAUUUUUUAAUGCAGCUGAUGAAACAGUUACGGUAAAAUCUAAGUCCAAACAUGUGACAGAUCCGUCAAAAUUACAGACUUUAGCAGAAACUGUAGAAAAGCAUGUUCCUUCCAAAAAAUUCCUGAUUGUGAUUGGCGUUAUGUUUUUGUAUAUUGUCGUUCCCCUGCCAUCAUAUAUUUCUGGAAUGGUAUUAGGAAGUUUUAUUGCUUCUCUGGGAUGGAUUUCUUAUAUAUUUUUAACUAAGCCAACUAUGCCUAAAGAUUCUCCAAAGAUAAUUCCAGUCAAAAAUUUGCAGCCAAUGACAGAGCCUAAUUUGAAGGAUGUAAGCCUUGCUGAUGGUGUUACAGUACAUAAGGGUUGGAUGAAUGAAAUUUCAGAGUAUAAUCCAGAAAACUAUCAUAUUAACAAUACACAUUCAGUGCAUGUCACCUUAGAUGGUGUUACGUUACGUCUUAGAUUUCCUAAAAAUAAUAUUGCUAAAAGAGCUAUGUGGGAUGAAGAACCACCAAAGACUGUUGAAUAUAUUCAUCAGAGAAUUUUCAACCUCGAAGGAAGCAGAGUCUUCCUUAUGCCUCCUGGUCUUGUGAAAAAAAGAGUUUGGAGUAAAAAAUAUCCAAUUUGCAUCGCUUUGAAAAAACCAGGUAGUAAAGUGAAUGAAUCAUUACCUGAGUCGGACCAAGGUUUUGAAAUCAUUAGUGAAGAUAAGUGUGGUCCCAGCAUUCUGUAUUUAUUUGCAAGAACUUGUCAUGAAAAGGAAGAGUGGUUCAAAAAGAUUGAUGCUUCAUGUAAAGGGACUCCUUUAAAGCUUCAUUUAGAAGUCAUUAAGCAAUAUUUUCUCCAGACAGGAUCCUCGAAAACACAAAAUGUUUCAACAUCUGUCACAGAGGCUCAACAAAAGCGUCAAAGUUCUGAAGGAACGCCUCAACAUAAGCGCCAGGGUUCAACCGAUUCCAUUAGUUCAACUGGUUCAUCUUCACCAAUGAAUGAACAAGGCGAAACAGAGUCUGUUCCGUUCAGUAUGGAAGAAUUUGUUUCUUAUAUGGGAAGAUGUAUGCCUAGGGAAUAUUAUUCUAAUUUUAUAAUCAAUAAAAAAAGUGUAGGAAAUAUUAUUGACUGUGAGGCACAGUUACUUUGGGUAAAUGCUAUGAUUUCCAGGUGUUCAUGGGAUUUUCUUCAUCAGAAAUACUGGGCUGAUAAAGUAAUGGACAAGCUACAAAAGAAGCUGGAUAAAAUACAUAUCCCAUAUUUUAUAGAAGCAUUUAAAAUAACAGACAUAAAUCUAGGAUCAGAAAUGCCAGUGAUACGUAGGGCUGGUAAGCCUUUCCUGGAUAACCAAGGAUUCUGGGUAGAUUUAGACAUAAACUAUGGAGGUGGAUUUAAAAUGACAAUUGAAACUAAAGUAAACUUAAUGAAACUGAAGAAAGCCACCAAAGAAACCACAGAGACCAAAAAAUCUCAUUCAAAAUCUGCUGUAACUGACGAGGAAGAAGAAGACAGUGCUGAAUCUUCUACUGAUGAAGAAGAGGAAGUUAAUGUACCUCAAGGAAGUGAAGAAAGUGGAGCAUCAAGUGGUGGUAAACGUAGAUUUAUGAGGUAUUUAAAGAAGAUCACAGAUUCCAAGUAUUUUCAGUCAGCUACAGAUAUGAAGUAUGUGAAGAAAGCAAUGGAGGAAGUAUCCAAUACACCUUUGGUUCUUACAGUAGAGUUACGGUUCCUGUCGGGAGUAUUAGCUAUCAACAUUCCUCCCCCACCUACUGACAGAGUAUGGUAUGGAUUUAGAGGAAACCCAAAAUUAACUUUAGUUGCCAAACCAAAAGUUGGCGAGAGGAGAGUUACUGUCUCACACAUUACAGAAUUUAUAGAGAAAAAAUUAUCUGUUGAAUUUCAGCGAGUCCUGGUCAUGCCAAACCUAGACGAUUUAGUUAUGCCAUUGCUAUUCCCAGAAUAUGAUACUGACACAGUGCCUGUUGUUCCCAAGCCUCCUUCUACUGCAUCCCUGUCAUCACAAUCUAGUUCUCCUGUGUAAUAAUGUCAGCAAUAUUGUCACAGCAGUGCCUAAAUUCAGUGAUCAGCGCCAUUUAUGUUACCAUGGAAAUCCCAAGCUUAAUGCACAAACAACAUAUUGACUGCAGCUUCCUAGUGUUUGUUAUUGCAGUGCUUUUGUAGUAUCUAAAUAUUGUUAACUGCUGAGUAGCUUUUUUACAAUUAUUUAUAAAAUUUAACAUCUUCUUCAAAUAUCAAAAACAUCAACCUUAGAAUUUCAUUUUAGUGCAGUACUUUCAUUAGGCAGAAAAUGAUAACUGUCGUUCUUUGGAUCUGCACGUUUAUGAAUUUUUUUAAAUAUUUUAAACUAGAAACUUUAAACUUGAGUGUUUUUAUUUAGGAACUAAAAAUGUAAACUAUGCCAAGGUCAAAGUUUACCUGUGUUUAUUGAAUGAAACUUUAACAAUAUUUUAAAAGCAGAAGGGACAUUUUAGGGGCCUACUUGGAUAUGUAAUUCACUGAAAAUAAAAAUAAAAUUUGUAAUACCAUUAUCUACCACAGUUUUUUAAUAGACUCAAACUUAAAAAAAAAUAUGAACUGUGAAUUGAUGAGCAAAUUCAACUGAAAUCCAAAGGAGAUUU